GAAUUUAAAACGAGAAAAAUUUUUUAAAAAUUAAAGAGAGAUUAAAUAUCUUGUUUUAUUUGAACUUUCACUAGGAUUGCGUUUUACACGCAUGCGCGAGAAAAUCGACGCUACCGGCUAGCAACACCACAGCCAAUCCGGUCAAACCACCGAAAGAUUUAAACUUCAACGUAUAGUUGCACAGUUCGUCGUGGACUGACCAACGUUCGUUAGCGUGGCGCUUUUUCAUUUUGCUUUAUUCAGUCGAAUUGUAUCAAUCAAGCAAUCAAAUAUUACAAACUUAAGAUAUACGAAACGUAAUAGAAAGAAAAGAAAUUGGAAACAGCAUAACAUUCAUGUUUUGACGAGUAGUUUUCGAUGUGACACGUUAAUGAUGGUUGCAUAUUAUCAUUAGCAGUGCUCUUAUUUGGAUGAAACAUUUGAUGUUUUGAUAUACCGCAGUAAACUUUUUAUUUUUAUGAUUUGAUACUGGUAUAUCUUUCCAUAAAAUCCAUAUUUUUAUCUUAUUGACAUAAUGGCAGAUUAUUGUAAUAUACGUGCACCACAAUGGAUAGAUUUUACUCAAAAUUGCAGUCCCAUGCAAGUACAAGAUUUCUUUGAAAAAGAGCAUACAAUUCACGAACGUAUAGAAGAACCCUGUAAUUCCACUGCUGAAACUAUGGAAAAUACUCAAUCUAUAACUAUAGUGGACAUGUCGUGCGUUAAUCCACAGGCACAAGCAGAUUUGGAUAUUAUAAAAAGUACUCCAGUCAAGGUAAUUUCUCCAAAAUAUCAUAAGGAGACAGUAAUAGCAGAAGGAACUUAUGAUCAGGUGUUUAACGAUGCAAUGAGAAAACUCGAACUCUGUAAAAAGAUGUCUAAAACUCGAGAUGCACUAAAUAAAUCCACCCAAGAGCCUAAGAUUUUCAAGACUCCAAAUAUGCCUAAACUUACUAAAUCAUCCAGAUCUGUUGGAUCUAUAUUGAACAAAAACAAUCAAUCUAAUCAAGAUUUUACAAAAGUUAAUAAAACAAAUAGUUAUAUGAAAAAAUUAUCAAUUAAACAAUCUCUGUUUGGGCAAGAUAAAAAUUCUGCAGAGAACAAUACUUUCAAGAAAUCCAACAAUUCAGAUAAUACUGAAAAUGAGAAUAAACAAUGUAACAAAGAAGACAAUAAAGACAAUAAAGAAUGUGAAGAAGAAAAUAGUAAAGAAUCUAAGGAAGAAGAUAGUAAAGAAUGUGAAAAAGAAGAUAGUGAAAAAGGCAAAGAAAGUAAUGAUGAAAAACAAAACGAAGAAGAUAAGAAAUUGCAAGAUGGACAAAUAGAAUGCACUGAUGACAAUGAGAAUAAGAAAGCAGAAAACAGUCAGGACGAUAUAAAUGAAAAAAAUAAUCGAACGCAGUCUAAGCACGUCGCGGUUCUCACUUGGCAAAAUCAUAGAAGAAAUAUGUACAAACGUAGAACAUCGGUCAACAAGCAGUAUGUCGGAUUAGCGGAAGCGGUGUCGCGCUUUCAAACUGAAACACCUAAGCGUUUCCGCACUAAAAGCAACAAGGACAAUACGAUUAGCCCAUCGUUUUUAACGUCCAAAUUGACGCUAAAUCGUAUAAAACCGACAAUUCCAAUCUCGCCAGCACUCACAACGAAGACUAGGGCUCGUCCUACCACCGUGUUGAGUCAAGAAGAACGCGAAAUGUUGGAAGUGGAGAAAAUGAAGAAAUAUCGAAUAAAGGCCAAUCCGAUACCGUCUAACGUACUGCGGGGACCGCGUGCGACAACGAAAGUUAACAAUCUCACGAGGAAGUCGAUGGUAACUACAAAUACCUCUUCCUCAAUUCAACCGAACGAAAAAGCCAAAAGCUUGUCUCAGUCCAAGAGUCCACAUCGCGAUAAGAUGCCGUCUGGUCUGAAGAACACAAUUCCGAAUGUAAUAGUCUCUAAUUCCGAGGGCAUCAUCGUAGAACACGAAGCGAUGGCGUUUUUUGGUGUACCCAAGAAUCUCACGAAGAAUGUUACACGUAUCGUACCGUUUAGUUUCGAGGCACGUAACAAGGAUAUGCAAAUGAAGAAGGAACAGCGAUUGAAGAAUCUACAGGAGGCUAGCAAAGCUAAAGCGGAGUUUCAUGCUAGACCGGCGCCGAAUUUUUCGAAGCCGUCGACAUCGAGUUCCACGAGAUCGUCGACGCCGUCGAUCAAGCAGCAACAAAACGCGAAGAAGCUGGUUAUGCCGUGUCCGUUCAGCUUCGAAGAACGAAACAAGAAAUUGUCGGAAAAAAAGGAGCAGUUGGUGAAGCAGGUACUCGAGGAAGGCAAACGGCGCGUGUUCCGCGCGAAUCCGGCACCGGUUUUCAAACCGGUGAUGAUACGCGGUAGAUCCAAGGAACACAUUUCUGUGAAAAACAAAACCAUGAAAAUAGAAAGCGAGCAUAACGCAGAAUACAAGUGUGAGAAUCAAGAGAACAAGGAACCGAAUGAAAUUGACUCUUACAAGACAGAGGACGAAAAUACGCAGAGAGCAGCCAAGAGCUCCGCUUGCAACGAUGAUAAGCUACCAUUGAAAGCUCUUCCGCUGGAAUUGAACACUGAUAAACGAGCAAUGAAACGACGCGAAUUUGACGAGAAAUUGAAGCAUAAGGAAGUAGAGGAAGAAUUAAAACGUCAAGAGCAAGAGAAGAACCGAUUAGAGCACGAAAAACAUUUAAAAGCGGAACUGCGCAAAUUGGCGGAAGUUAAGGCUAGACCGAUGCCGAAAUAUAAACCGCUGACUACCAUUAAAUCGACGAAACCGCUGACCAAUCCGCAGAGUCCUGCAUUCGUGAGUAAACUCAGAUCUAAACAAGUUUAAAAACAUGAUAUUAAUAUUACAUUUCUGUUCACAUCUGAGUUUACAAAUGAAUUUCAGGCUCUGCGGAUUGAUCAGCUAUUAAUUAAUUAGUAAUGAGUUAAUUAUUAAU